UAACGCAUGUAAUCCAAAAGGAGAGGUGUGGAGACAGCCAUUUCACUGUCCUUUGUAACGCUUUUAACUCUCCCACUCUUCCAUUUCUAUUCAUGUAAACGCAAAACGAAGGCAGUACAGAGGGAGCAAAUCCAAGCCGAAACAGAAAGAAAAAACCAUGUCUAUAAUUUCCUUAACUUCAGCUCCCAAAAUCACCUUUAUCCCCAACUCCAUCUCCUCCGCAUCUUCAUUUAGGACACCGAGUCUCCCAUCUUGGACAAUUUCCAAUGGUGGGUUGGUGAUAGAAUGUUCAUCGCGACCGCAGAAGAAGGCAACGAAGCAUCACAUGAAGACAAGGCCGCGCAAGACGCAGGCAUGGGACAUAAGGAGGAAGCCCACCGUUUACGCUCCUUUGCCUCCACUCCCUCCUGACUGGACCCUGGUUUCAAGCGCCGGUGACAAUGAUGGUGGUGGCGAUGUUGCUGCUGUUGCUGAGGUUGGUCUCGCUGGCUCUGCUCUACAGGCACCUCUUUCCAGUGGGUAGCUUCCGUUUUAUCAUUAUGUCGGUUGUGUCGUGUUUACUUGGAAGGUUUUUGUUUGGUUGUCUGGGUUUUUGUGCUAAGUUAUGGGCUUCGUGUUUGAAUGAUAAAAUGAAAUUGAUUUUGGUGUUGUAACAUACUCCCAUGAAUUGCCUAUGUUUACUUUAGUUUCA